AUGACAACAACCGGAGUUGACGAUGGACGUGAUGGAGAUGCUUUGAAAGCUGCAAGAAGAUCAAUUAUUAUUGAUUUGGAAAAUGAAUCUAGUUCACAGAUUGAUGCUUUUAUGUCACAAAUGACAUCCGAAUUUGGAAAGCCCCCCUUCAAUUGUAUAAACGAAUGUAUGGGUGGACCUAAUGAUCGAAUUGUUUGA